AUGGUCUGGCCGUUUUCGAGUGGAACAGGCGUUAACAUGGAGGACGCUGAUGCAGAUGGACAUGUUUCACAGGCAGACGACAAGCUGCUGAAGGAGCGUCAACCAAGUAACUAUGUGAGGGGCAAGAAGCUGUUAUUGGAAGAUACGCCGCCCCGGUUUGGCACAGAGAUCAGCUCAGGGAAAUAUGCGAAACAGCAAGAGUCGUCUACUCUAAAAGAGGCUUGGAAGACGGUCACGUGGAAUGAUUUCUCGUUUGGCAAGCUAGCUUCCAUACCCUGUUUCCGUGAGGCUGGCAUGGCAGGGUUUUCGUCCAUGAUGGUGGUAUGGUCUGUGAUGUUUCUAUACCACAAAAAUCCUGCUAAGGCUUCUAACUGGUCUGUUGGUGGCCUGGUGUUGGGCUCGAUUGUCGGGUGGGAGCACUGCCGGAUGCAAAGAAGACGCAGCUUCAUGAUCGCACAGAUGGCCAAGAAGACGGUAGCUGCAAAGGAAGCUCCUAUGCUACAUAAACCGGUCAAUGAUGCUCGCGUCCGGGAGGAAUGGGCCAAACAUGGCUCGUCCCUCGAGGCCGGUGCUGAUAAAAAGCCUUGGUAUAAAUUCUGGUGA